CCAAGAAAGGUCUAUCUUCCGUGAAAAAUAGUGAUUGAUGAAACCUAGGAUCCUGGCCGUGCUUCGAGUGAAGUGCGACCCAUUGAAACGUUUACAACUGAUAAAUUUUUGUAGAUCAAUCUCAACGGAUAUACCAAGUGUUAGAUCCUCAAGAAGAAGUUUUGAUUCAAAAAGAAAAUCUAACCUUAACCGAAUUGCCAAUCACCAUGAAACAAAUCCAGUGCUGAUUCGUACGACAGCUAAACAUAUCCCAAAGACUUACCAAGCGGUGGAACUACUUUGUAAACAAAACAAGCUUGAAGAAGCCAUCGAAGCUUACAUGUCAAUCGUGGAUGAUGCUGGAAUUUCAUCCACUAAUGAUCUAGAAAAAAUUGUAAAUAUACCACUUGAAGAACACGAAGCAAUGAUAUACCAAAUAUUAAGAAAUUAUCAACAUUGCACCGAAAUCCCCAAGUUAUUUGUCUUGAAACUUCUUUGGGAAAAUUAUUUCAGUGCCAAUACAUCAUCUCCAAACAUUGAAUUACUAUACUUCUCAGCUUACAUACAUACCAUGUUGAAUACUGGCCAAGUUGAAGCAGCUCAGGAUUUGUUUAAAAGUACGUUCACGGCUUUAACGGAUGGGAACGAUGUAAAUAACCAUUCAAUGUUUGAUGUGUUAUCAACUUUGCCCACCAUAAGACUACUUGAUCUGCUUGCUGCUGACAAACACUGCGAUGGCCUUGUAAAAUGGCUUGAAAUAAUCCACGAGGUUGAAGAUAAAGUUGAAGACCCGUCAAAAAAGUUGAUUAAAUAUCAUCAUUGGUUGUCAUAUCUCAAUGUAGGACUUUCAGUAAGUCAUUAUUCCCUCGUGAGGUACAUAUAUGAUACAAUCAUCAUGCAAGGAUACGAAGAUGCAGAGAUUACUACUGAGAACAUACUUUUCCCAGACCAUACUUCAAUCGAGUCUACUGCUAAGAAUACGAUUCUUGAUUCAAUCAAUGAUGAAACAACUCUACAAAUUCUUUAUACUUUAGCACUUCACGGUGAUGUUGCUCUGACUCUUACAUUAAUAGAAUCGCAUUAUAUUCAUAAACGAAUGAAGGGUGAAAAGGCUCUCACAAAGGAAUUGUGUGUAUGUAUAAUAGAAUCCUAUUGUUCGAGCCCCGACUUACAUGAAUGGGACUCCAAUUCUCCUGCAAGUUCCACCACAAACAAAGAUCAUAGCGUGGAGUUAGUUUUGGAUGUAUUGGACGGAUUUAUGAAAAAGCUUUCGAAAGAAGGUAAAGACAAAAUUACCUAUCGGGAUAUAACUGAGUUUAUGUCUCAAAAAUUCAAUAACUAUAAUGUUUAUGACUCCAAAGUGGAAGCUCACCAACAACAAAGACAACUGCAAGAAGCCCAGCGGGUACUUGAAAGUGAAGUCCAUACAUUAAAAUCAAAACUCCAAAAUGUUAAUAUUGAAUCCUCUAAACAGGGUAACAUCUUGGCCAAUCUUAAUAUACUUUCUACAUUUGUCGUUGAACAUAUAAAUUAUUUACAAACGGAAAAAAACGCAUCUACAGAGACUAUUACUUUAUUCUUGAAUUGCGUAUUGAAUCACGUUAACAAGUUCCAAAAUCUUUCUGGGAUUAUCAGAGUCUUGACUAGUGUCCAUAAGGUAAACCCAAACCUUGUAAGUGAAUGGUUAGAUGAUGAUCUGAUGAACAUCAUUUUGAAUGCGGCCUCUAAAUCAUCAGGAGCUAAAAUGAUCUCAUUUCAACUUUUCAAGUAUUUAAAAAAUAAUUCGGGUAAAAUAUCCCAUGAAAGAUAUAUUUGGUUGAUAUCAUCCAUCAUUAGGGAUGAUUUCCACGAUUCCUUCCAAUUUUAUAUGUAUAAUUAUCUUUUAGAACAUGAAGGGAUCAUGCAUCCACGAAUGCAAGAAUUGAUACUGAAUAUACCACAAUUAGCUAUUGACACCAAUGUUAAGACUCAACAAUUGAUAAAAUUCAUAAGCAACCCAGACAAUUGCAAGGUUACAUAUGAUGAGUCAAUUAAGGGAGUCAAAUCGUCACAAAUUGAAGAGAUUUGGGCUAGUUGGGAACUCUGUAAAGAUUACCCAGUGAUAUCUGGCCGUCCACUUCCUGAAUUAAAUAGAAAGUACUACAAGUCGGUAGACACGAGAGAUCUCACUUACAUAAAAUAUCUAUUUGAAACGUAAAUAGAAGGGCAUGACAUUAAUAAUAAACAGAACUAAAUAAUAAACAGACGAAGAUCUGAAUGGAGAUCACUUACAA